AUGAAUAGGCAGUUAUUAGCUGUUGCUGUCCUAGCCACAUUGCUAGUGUCAGUUAUGUCUGAUUUUGACUUCUACAAGCUCAGUCUCCAGUGGCCACCUUCUGUUUGUUACACCGGAAGGAGGUGUAUUCCAGACAUCCCCAAUAAGUUCACCAUCCAUGGUUUAUGGCCACAACAUGCUGAUGACGAACCGGUGCGUCCCUACAACGAGGAUACUUCAUGCAUCGGUGUCACUCCCAUGAGUUCAGCAGAUGCUAUGAAUCAAUUGGGGCUCAUCCAAGGAGAAUUAACGGAAUAUUGGCCAAACCUUCUCACCAGAAAUGAUCAACGGGAUGAUCAAGGUUUUUGGAGCCAUGAAUGGGAAAAUCAUGGAAUGUGUUCGAAUUAUCCUCAUGAUCCUUUUGGUUAUUUUCACAGGACCGUUUUGCUCACUAAAACGUACAAUCCAUUAGAAGUUAUUGGAAUUCAACCUGGAGAUGAAACACAUGAAGUGGGAACCAUCUUAGAAGCUGUCAAGCAAAAUUUGGGAGCAUAUCCUCAAAUUGCAUGUAACACUCGGCCUCGCGCUUUAGAUCCGUUGCGGAUCCCUCAGCUGUGGGAGAUCCGUUUUUGUUUUAACAGGGGAGACCCACCUUCUGUCCUUCGAGACUGCCCCAAGAAAUUGGCUGGUACUUGCUCAGAGGAGACUAACCUUAUAAGGUUCCCUCCAAAUCCUAUUUAG